AUGAUGGCAGAUUUUGGAAUGGACGUGGAGGUGUUCACCCAUACAGUGCCUCCAGGUGAAGAGGCCUUUGACCUCAGUCACGCAGGUGGGGAGCAUGAGGCAUUUGAAGACCUUGCUCAUCAACUGGCGGAUCUAACUGGAUAUCAUCACAUUGAUCCACGAAUUCGGGGAGAACACAUCGAUACUCAAACCGCUCAUUGGGGCCUUCAGAUCCCAGCCCUUUCAAAACUUCCUCACCUUGAGUUCGGUUCUGUUUGUAAAUGUUGA